AUGAGAUUAAGAAUAGCUGCAGAUGAUUGGUUUGCGGUUUUAUUAGGAUUUCAGCUAUUUUACAGAAUCGGUGCAAGACAGCAUUCUCGAAGAGAACACAUGUAUACGCCUUCAAAAGAUACCCGUAAAGAGAGCGACAGCGCUUCCCUGGACGACCUUAUAUACUCCAUAGAGCAGUCCUCUAUACCGAGAUUAUUACCAGCUGUGGCAGAAACGACUACUGAAGAGCCACACGACGAUUUGGAGGAAAUGGAGGAAGAAGAAAGUCCAAAUCUACCCGGGGCUCGGUUGAAAAUAAUGUGA